AGUAGUUAAGGCUUGAAAUUCUCUUUAAUUAAUUAGAAAAACAGAUGGAAUCUCAAGCCCUCGCCUCAAGCAUUCCUAUCCUCUCCUGCUUCAGCAAAUCUGCUUUACCUCAUGCAAGCAGACCUCGCAGCUGUCGCUUCAAUAUGCUUCCUGGAGCUUCUAUCGCGUGGAGAAAAUUGGGGAUGCGGAACGCUACCAGAGCUGCUUCUUCAACAGUGGACACAUUGGUGCGAACUUACAAUCAAGUAGCACCAACAAAUCCAAUAUCAAAAAUUGGUUCGCCUCUUCUUUGGAUAGCAGUUGGAGUUGGUUUAUCAGCAUGGUUCUCUGUGAUGGCAACAAAAUUUAAGAGAUAUGCAAUUAACAAAGCAUUCAAAGCAGUGAUGGGUGAAGAAGCAGAAGCAAAUGGUCAGUUCAAUACUUCAGCAUUUGCAUCAGGGUCCCCAUUCCCAUCUCUUCCUUCCCAGCCAGCUGAAGCUUCAGGUGAAAUUCAUAUUGAUGAACUGAGUGUCAAUAUUCCACCAGCUGAUACUGUAAUAAAUGAAAAUAAAUAAAUAAAUAAAUAAAUAAAUAAAUAUUGUUGUACCAAAAUGAAAAAAGAGAGAAAUUAAAUUAAGGGUGCAGAGAGUUGAUUUUUCUGACUUAAAAAUAAGAUUAUGG